AUGGAGAUGGAUAAUAAUCCCGGUAAUCAACAACCUCCUGCACAUUAUACUCCUCAAACUAUGUCUGACUAUCUAAGCCCACCCUGGUUGGAGCUGAAUCGAGUAUUGUCAGAUCGACUAUUGCUGAGAAAUGUGAACAAAGAAAAACAAACAGGUAAGGGUGAUGCAUCUGCUGAACCGGUUCGAACCAAGGUAGCGGGAGUGGCCCGAGAUGAGUCGACGGAUGUUGAGUUGAAUAAACCGAAUCGAGAAGAGGAUGCGGCAGAUAGGAGGGUUCUUCGCUCCAAAUACCUUGUCGUGAUGACCAAAAUAAGCGAUGCAAGGGAAGAAAUAUCGAACGUGGAUUCUAAUAAAUUUAACAUAAUCAUUAAUGAAGUCGACAACUUACAUCAACAAGUUUCGAAGCCACGUGAACAAGUAGCCGAUGCGGAGGCAUUGUUAGGCUUAACCAAUACAUUGGCAACUUCUGUUAAGUCCAUCUCUUGUGAAGGAAUCAGCCUAGCAGACUUCGUCAAUUGUUUAAUUAGAGAGUUUGGGAAAUCCACCAGGAGCCUUGAAACACAAGAAAAUGAGCAGAUAUCGAUUGAUUGGAAAGAAAUUGGGGUGGCUGUUUCACCAUUCUUUAGAACCUGCAAAGGAAUUUGCACUAUGCUUGGACCAAUGAGUAAUGAGUUAAGGCAACGAAGUCUAUGGUUACUAGAAAGCGUCUUUGUCGGACCAACCGAUACUAGUCGUCCUGAUGAGGUUGAUGAAACUGGUGUUGAAGAGAAAGCGUCUUGUGGAAUAUGGCGUUGA